AUGCCGGCUCACGAUGCAAAGAUGAAGCAGUGCAGCAACUGUAAGCGACCGUACUUUCCUGGUCAUAAAUGCUUGCUCCUUGAAUCUCUAUGGCAUGACCAGCCUGAUAUUUCUUCACCCUACAAAUUUGUUAAGGAGGAGGUUGAUAAGGACAAAUCAACUCGUGUUUACAUAUGUUCAUCUACUAAAACCCUAUCAAACAAUGAUGCUGUGAUCCAAUUAUUGAGUGAGUGUGAAAAUGACAUGGUAAACAAUAUUGAUGCUUUUAUACAGAAGGGUAGUGGUUGGAGACUAGAAAAAAUUACACACUCUGAAGUUCGUGUAGGGAAAUACAUCCCGAGAACAGGUGGAUGUUACACUCACAAUCUUCCUGCUUGGUUAAUCAAUAAGAAAGCCAUCAUAAACAUUAAGACACGUUCUCACUGCUUUAUGCACGCUGUGUUAGCUAUCCUUAAGCCGACUAAAAAUCAACAAUAUGCAAGAAAGAACCUGACAUCUGAGUUUAGCUUUAAAGGACUUGGCAAUAAUGUGUCUUUAAAUGAAAUUCCUCGCUUCGAAAAGGUGAACAAUGUAAGUGUAAACGUGUAUACUAUUGAUCGGAAGAAUAUUGUCCCUCUGAAAGUAUGCAAAGUGGUUUCUCAUCAGCACGUAAACUUAUUACUGCAUGAUAAUCAUUACUUUGCCAUCAAAAACUUUAAUAGAUUGAUCGGUAGUGCUUCUAGCUGGGCUAGUCAUUUCUGCUAUAAUUGUUUACAAGGAUUUGAAUCUAAGGCAAGGGUAGCGAGGCAUCAUAAGAAGUGUCUAACAUUUCCUGUUCAACGAGUAUAUCUUCCUCGAACGACCACUCUCAAGUUUGAUGCGUUUCAAAAGAUGCUUAAAUCUCCAUUCAUCAUUUACGCAGACUUCGAAACACUUGUUCACCCUGAUUCUACUUAUAAGGACUCAGAUGUUAAUGUACGGUUACUAACAGCUAAGCAUGAUUCUACGUACAUAAUGAAUCAUCACGAGCCUUGCAGUUAUGGCAUGGUUAUUGUUGAUAGUGAAGGAAAAAUUUUUCAUGACGUCUUCUAUCGCGGUACUAAUGCGAAUGAGAAGUUUUUAUCAUCAUUACUCGAGGCACAGGAGCUAGUAAAGGAAGCUAGAGCGAAGCAUAACAAACCGCUUAUAAUGACAGUUUCAGAUGAAAUCCGAUUUCUUUCGGAAAAUAAUUGCCAUAUUUGUGGUGAAUUUGUUAAAGACAACGAAAAAGUUAGAGAUCACGAUCAUAUAACUGGUAAAUUUAGAGGUCCUGCUCACAACAGGUGUAAUGUCAACUACCGCUUAACUGACAAAAUACCUGUUGUUUUUCACAACCUUAAAUCAUUUGAUGGACAUUUAAUAAUUCAGGGCAUAUCAAGCAAGGUCUUUCAUCGAUGUGAAGUGAUUCCUCAUUCAUCGGAAAAGUAUCUCGCAAUCUUUUUAGACGAUUUCAUCUUCAUCGAUUCUUAUGCAUUUCUUUCCUCAAGUUUGGAUACCUUGGCUAAAAUGGUUCCUGAUCAGGAGAAAAUUAAUGUGCUUAAGUAUUUCUUUCCUGAGGAUAAGCUUCACUUGCUUUUAAAGAAGACUGACGUUGCAUUGUUGGCUGCCGUUUUUGAAAGCUUUAGGAAUAUGAGUCUUCGUGAAUUUCAAUUAGAUCCGGCGCAUUUCUUCUCUACACCAGCAUUAACCUGGAUGGCUGCACAGAAAAUGACCAAAGCAUCUAUCGAGUUACUCGACGACAUUGAUAUGAUUUUAAUGAUUGAGAGCGGUAUAAGAGGAGGUGUUUCCUGUGCUAUGAGUAGGUACGCAAAGGCUAAUAAUGCAUCAUGUCCGUCAUACGAUUCCUCUUCUGAUACAAGCUACCUAGCUUAUCUGGAUGUAAACAAUUUAUAUGGUUUUGCUCUAUCGCAACCUUUACCUAUCGGGGAGUUUGAGUGGGUCGAUAAUUUCAACGCAGCAGUUGAGCUUAUAAGGAAUAACAAGGUGAACGAUAAUGUUGGGUAUAUUUUGGACUGCGAUUUGACAUACCCAAAAGAGCUUCAUGAUGAUCACAAUGACUUUCCUUUGGCACCUGAACGAUUAGCCGUAGACCUUACUGAUCUAAGCGAGUAUCAAAAGUCGCUUCUGGACAUUCUCAAGGAACACGGUCGUCGGUAUGUCAGGACUGAAAAAUUAAUCCCAAAUGUGCGCGAUAAAACAAAUUAUAUUUUACAUCAUAAAAAUCUUCAUUUCUAUCUGACGCAUGGUUUAAUUCUUGCCAAAGUUCAUCGCGUCCUCAAAUUCAGGCAAGCGCCAAUCUUUAAACCAUACAUUGAUUUGUGCACUUCUAAGCGAAAGCAAGCAACAUCAAACUUUGAGAAGGACUUUUGGAAGUUGAUGGUUAAUUCAUUGUAUGGUAAAUCUAUCGAAAAUAAACGCAGCCAUUGCCAAGUCAAGAUUGUACUCGAUAAAAAAUUGGCUCAAAAGCACGUCAGAAAGCCCCUUUAUGACACAUUCACAAUUUUGGAUGAAGGCAAAGCGCUCAUAAGGCUUAAACAUGCCUCAGUAGUCAUGAACAAGCCAAUCUAUCUUGGUUUCACUGUGCUUGAACUUGCAAAACUUCACAUGUACACCUUGCACUAUGAUAUAUUCAAGAAGCACUAUGGACGUAACAUAAAACUUAUUUACACAGAUACUGAUUCAUUCAUCUAUCACAUUACUACACCUGAUUUAUUUGCCGACUUUUUACGAUUUAAGAAUCUUAUGGAUUUUUCUGAUUAUCCACACGACCAUCCGCUGUUCGAUGAAUCAAACAAGAAGGCUUUGGGAAUGUUAAAAGAUGAAUUUCAUGGAAAAUCAAUUUAUGAAAUAAUUGCAUUAAAAUCAAAGUUAUACCUCCUUAACAGCGAGGUUGGUGAACAAAAGCGUGCCAAAGGAACACAGAGGUGUGUUGUAGAAGGAGAUUUAAACCGAGAAAUGUAUUGGACUUGCCUCACCAAAAACUUCUUCUAUGAAACAACCCUUCGCCGCUUAACUAGUAAAGACCAUAAAAUACGCGGAAUCGAGCAAGAAAAACUCUCAUUGUCAGCAUUUGAUGAUAAAAGAUUUUAUUUAGAUAAUAUAAAUAGUUUAGCACACGGGCAUUACAGAAUAAAUGAUGUUUAA